AGUGCGCAUGAUCAAGAGUAAACAGAGAGAGAGAAAGAGAGAGAGCACUUGGUAACCUGAAGUCAUCAUCUCCACAGCUUUUCACUAAACAACAAUAAUUAUACACUGGAGGGGGGAAAGAACAGCAGCACUGAUUCCGUUGCUUUAUCACUUAAACAACAUAUAAUGUGUCACUGACACGCGCUGAUAGGAAGGUUUGUUUGGGCAUUUCAGCACUGGACAGCUCUCUCUCCGCCUGUCUCGUGCUCACAAGCGCGCUUCUGGCAUGUGAAAUGAUCAUCCUUCACAGCUGAUGGGGGGGGCACCGGCGGAGAGCAUGGCGGAGUCUCCACAGCAUCCUCCCCACAACUGCUGCUAGCGCCGAGAGCCUUCGAGAAAUGAGCAUACCGGAGUUUCUACUGGAAGUGUCCAUUGUGGUGAUAGCCGUUGUCUCGUUGUUGACAAACUUGUCAGUGCUGCUAUGUUUCACCCAGAGUGCCGAGCUGAGGUCACACGCGCCCGGACUCUUCAUCCUGAACCUCUCCUUCUCCAACAUCCUCCUCGCCGUGGUCAACAUGCCCUCCACUUUCCUCGGGGUGGCCAAAAGCGCAAAGCCCUUCGGGGACUCGCUCUGUCAGGUGAUCAGUUUUGCCGAGACUUUUCUCACCGCUAAUACCAUGUUGAGCAUGGCAGCGCUGAGCGUGGACAGGUGGGUAGCGGUGGUGUUUCCCUUGAGUUACUCCAGCAAGAUGCGACACAGAGACGCUUUUCUGAUCGUGGCGUACUCCUGGCUGCAGUCUCUCACUUUUUCUCUGACCCAGCUGCUGAUGGACUGGGGAGGAUACAGCCACACUUACGCCUCGUGUACCGUUCACCUGGCCGGGGAGGAGAAGAUGAGGUCCCAGCUGCCCGCCUAUGGGACCUUUACGGUGCUCUUUCACCUAAGCAGCUUUGCGCUCUGCCUCCUCAUCCUGUGCUUCGCCUACCUGAAAGUUCUGAGAGUGGCCAGGUCCCACUGCAAGAGGAUAGAUGUCAUCACAGUGCAGACUCUGCUUCUGCUGGUUGAUAUUCACCCCAGUGUGAAGGAGAGAUGUAUAGCAGAACAGAAGAAGAGGAGGCAACGCGCUACUAAAAAAAUCUGCAUCUUCAUCGGCUCCUUCAUCCUCUGCUUUUCACCCUAUGUUAUAACAAGGUUGGUGGAGUUGUUGCCCUCUGUGCACAUCCCUCGGUAUUUGGGCAUUGCCACUAAAUGUCUGUCUUAUGCCAAGGCUUCCAGUGACCCGUUUGUCUACUGUCUGCUGCGGCAGCAGUACAGGAAGGUCCUGGUCACUGUUAUCUGCCGGGUUCUGAGAAAGGAGCACUACUUGCUGUCUGCCCACAGUACAAGUAGCACAUUGGACACCACAGAUGACAACUGCAUUGCCAGGAUUACCUGAGCUCAGUGUGCUAAUUUUCAAAUGAUUCAGCGCCUGCACCCCUUCUGCCAAAAGAUCAGAGGUCAGGGUCUUUCAAAAGCAGCUGCCCUGCAGAUGGAAAAGAGAUGGUACCUUGCUCAAGGACACUUAAAGAGAGGCCUGGACAAUUGGACUGUUUAAACCACAAUGUGAAGAACUGGGAAGACUGUGAAGGACACAUAACAAUGUACACUCAAUGAGACCUCACUGGCGUCUGAUGAGUGCCAGAGGCCUUUUCAGAUACUACAGACUACUGUUUCCACAGGGCUCAUCACUUUGCCUGCUGAGGCAUUGCCAGGGAUACGCCACAUGAAAACCACUAACACUAUGUGUAUUAUUAUCAUUAAAUGUAAUGCUUGAAGUAAUCUUGAAUUUGUCAGGAAGUGGUCUUCAUGUUUCAGUGAAAAACUGCAACAGUGUUCAUUCUGAUUACUGUUUUGAAGCUAAUAUUAGUUUGUGUUAAGAGUGCCAUUUUGAACAUGUAAAGUGUAAGAAAAUGUGAGCAGAAUGUGUGAAGAUGUUAUAUCACCGCAAAAAAAUAAAAA